AGCUCGUGUUCGGGACUCCAGUGAGAGGGUCUAUGGGACAGACAAGAGCCCUUCAGGAUUGACAGCUGUCCUCACAAACAUCUCCAGACUGAUUUAAAUCCAAACACACCGACAGUAAUAUGAUGGCCACAUCCGUCCGGACUCUUUGCGCGCUGCUUUUCAUCUGCGUCCUCGUUCCCAAUCGCACCGAAUCCAAGCGCAACCGCGGCGCGAUUCCUCAUCCCGACAAGAGCAAUCCGAACGAGUCAGACCAGCACCCCCGUCAGGCCGGCUCCGACUCGAGAGGCAGAACCCGAAGCUCUUCUGAAGAGGUUCUGGAGUCCAGCCAGGAGGCUCUGCACGUGACCGAGCGCCGCUACCUGAAGCGCGACUGGUGCAAGACGCAGCCGUUAAAACAGACGAUCAACGAGGAGGGAUGCGCGAGCCGCACCAUCAUCAACCGCUUCUGCUACGGCCAGUGCAACUCCUUCUACAUUCCCAGACACGUGAGGAGAGAGGAGGGAGCCUUUCAGUCCUGCUCCUUCUGUAAACCCAAAAGAUUCACCACCAUGACCUUCACCCUCAACUGCCCCGAUCAGCAGCCACCGACUCGCAAGAAGCGCGUGCAGCGCGUCAAACAGUGCCGAUGCGUCUCCAUAGAUCUGGUCUAGAGAGCCUGUCUGGAGGAUUUAACACGGAUGGAUCCACGCAGAAUGUGUUUGAAAGCGUCACUCAGUAAGAACACACGAGUGUUUGACACGUUUGAUCUGAUGGAAGUGAUCAAAACAGGCGUGCGUAAAAGCCGUCCACACCACACCACUGUAGGUCUAUCCAACCAGACGCACAUAUCCGUUCUUUAUUAGCAGCUGCUAGAAUUCAAGUCAAAUUCAUCACCACCACGAGGAACCAAAAUGACUAUCGAAUCAUCUUGAAUUUGACUUUCUUCAUGUAGACUACAACCAUUUAUUCGAUGGACGCAGGCACAUUUUAUAUUCGUCAAAACUGCGUUUUAAAUCACGCGCACACACAUUCAUACAGUCGCAUGUCAUUUUGUAUGCUUGGGUUUCUGAAAGUCGGAAGUGGGUUUCUGUUGGGCUAAUAUUAAAACUGACCUGCAUUAAAAAAAUCUCCAAUAUAGUUAUUAACUCAUAUCAAUUGAGAUUUGACAUAAAAUAUGUGUACAGCAAUUUGUAACAAUUGUUCACAAGGCAGAUUUCAAUGUUAUUUAAAAGAACUACUCGUGAUAAACAGCAUGUAAAAUAUCUCACAGUGAGGUCCAGAAGUUUGAGAUGACCAGAGGAAGGUUUUUUCCUCAAUUACAAUGAAUAAAAUCAGCAAAUUGAAUAAAAAGUGAAAUAGAUUUUGUUGAACAAAACUCGGACCUCUUGAAGACAGAAGAUAACAUAUACAGUUCAGUGACUAUAUAGGGUUCGUCCGAACAUUGAUUCUUUCCCAGUGUAACUCAACACAUUUUUGUGAUGUCAGAACUUUGGACUUCACUGUAGUCACCUUUUUACCCACUCUUCAAAAAAUGGAUUGACAUGUCAACUACUCGCACAGAUUUUGUUUGCAGGUGGACUGGAAGUGUCUAGUGUAGUAUGUGUGAUGUAUAUGUACGGUGACAUGUGAUUCACAGAAGUGCAUGUCUUCAUUAAUCUCCAACAGUUUAAAGACUGAGAGUUUCCACUAUGUGGAAUUGUACUCGAAUUUAUUUAAUGUUAUCAGUUUUUGUAGAUGUUUCUGCUGGAUUGCUGUGAAUGUUUGUGGCAGACAGAACAAACAUUGAGUUAUUAGUCUAUUUAUGAUAUCAGUCGUGGAGAUCUUUCUGUAUGUUAAAGGUCUGCUGUAUGUUGUUGUGGUUGAUGACUGUAUAAAGAACAGCUGCAUGCGUUCUGUGGAUGAAUCAUAUGAAUAAAACA